AUGUUCGCUUUCAGAGGACUUUAUCACAGAUUCUCCCGCCUGGCAAAAGUUUCUGCAAAACAGCAAUUGAGGAAAUAUGACAACUAUUGCGCCACAGUCACUGGCGUCAUGGACAAGAAGAGCCAGGCCGUGUCAGAAGGAGAGUUGAACAUGUCUGCACGGGGCUGUGGAGGCAGCAGCUGCAGCCUUCCAGGGACUCCGGGCGGCGAGGGCGGCCCAGCCCCCAGUGUGCUGAGCUGGGCCGUCUCCUUUGAGAGGCUCCUGGAGGACCCCUUCGGAGUCCGCCAGUUUACGUCCUUCUUGAUGUCUGAGGUGAGUGCGGAGAACAUUUUAUUCUGGCAAGCUUGUGAAAGAUUCAGGAAGAUCCCGACCAGCUCCUUGGACGAGAUGAAAGCAGCCGCUCUCUCCAUCUACAACACCUACCUGUCCGACAGCGCUCCCUACUCGGUCAACAUUGACGACACGGCCAAGACGGAGGAGAAGGACCUGGAGCAGCCGACACUCGACAUGUUCAACAAGGCCCAAGCACAGAUAUUUAAACUGAUGAAGAUGGACAGCUACAGGCGCUUUGUGCGCUCCCCUCUCUACCACAGCUGUACUUUGGGACUCGUAGGAGGUAAACUUGUGCCUCAGCUCUCUACGGAGCCGGGCCGCGGUGGGUCCUGGGAGGACGUGGCCAUCAGGAGCCCCUUAAGUGACAAGAAGAAUAAGAAGUCGGACUCCAACAUCUUGCCAGGUGAGAAGACUGCCUUGGAAAAACAAGGACAGAAAAGAGGAUCCUGGGGAGAUGCAUCCGACAACCACAGCUCAGGCUCCCACAAAGAGUCCCGUGUGUCUGUCAAAUCGAGCAGCAGCGGUGUGGGGAUCGGCUCCCUCUACAGACAGAUAGAGAAUGGGAGACCGAGUCUCCGAUCUCCAGAGCAGGGUGGCGGCGGCGGAGGUCUGAUGGGGAUGGAGGGGGGCUACUGCUGUGUCUACCUGCCCGAUGGCAGUGCCUCGCUGGCCCCCACGCGUCAUGGCCAACCCAUCAAAGACAUGCUGGCUAGCCUAUGUGAAAAGAGAGGCUUCCCGCUGAAGGAUGUCAUCAUCUACCUGCAGGGCAACGACAAGCAACCCUUAUCGCUGGAGCAGGACUGCGCCGUCCUGAGGGACCAGCAGGUCUCUCUGGAGCUCAGGGUGAUGUUUGCGCUGGAGAUUGCCUCAACUGGUAAGACGGUGGGGAUCAUGGUGAAGUCCAGUAAGACGCUGCAUGACGCGCUCACUGCGGUGCUGCAGAAACAUCACCUCAAGCCACAAGACGCCGUGGUCACCAUGGUUGGAAGCGAUGAGCCUUUGAACAUGAGCGUCACGGUGUUCAGACUGGCCAAUAAGACGCUCCGGCUGGACAUAACAAAAGGAAGAGACCCGACGAACAGUUCUGCUGCAGCCACACCCACACAGUCGGAAGCAGUGAAUGCAGAUGGGGGGGAAACCCAAGCCAAGACUCAGCCCAAGGACAGUAAAAAACAGGAAAUGGAGGGGUUACUGGACUUGCUCACGAGGGCUCAAUGCUGCAGGGUUGAUGACCAGCGAGGCCUUUUGACCAAAGAGCAGCUGGAGGUCCCUCUGUUCCUGAAGCUGGCCUCAGACCGGGCCCAGGACACAAAGCCAGACAAACCCAGUACAACCAGCUCUCCCAAUGCAGACUCCAGGGAGACGUCAAGCCCAGCUGGCGCAGCGGAGGAAACACCCGACUCGGCUGACUCCAAAGACGUCAGGGAAACGGCAGUUUGAAAGACUUUUCUGUGCGUGUUGGAUGGACAAAGACACAAUAAGAAACUACAAGAAACAUCUCUCAAUGUCACGAGAGCAUUCACGUCAAAAGACAGUGAGAAUGAGUCAAGCACUUUUUAUGAUUGUUUACAAAGAAGCUCUGAGACCGAUGUGCUAUCAUCUCUGCUAUUGAUAAUGUGCCUGUCAAGGCAAUAUGUAAAGAAGAAAGAUCAUUGCAAGCAUAUAUGGUGUCAUUUUAAAACACUACUUAUGUUAAGGAAAACUUGCUAUGAAUUAUUUAAUGUAGCCAACAUUUUGAAAAUAAGUUGUUAGCUCAACAUUUAAGUCCUGAAGCCCGAUUAGUUUGCCUUAGUGUUCCCGGAUGUUUUUACUGGACAGUUUGAAGUUCACGUUGCUUUACUUUGUCACAAUCUCACAUUGCAGUCAUGCUUUUCUUUGAGCACACGUUUCUGCAAAGGACGGCCAGAAGGGGUUUUGAGGUGUAUUGCACAAUUGUUUUGUUUUUUUACUCUUACUGAGAUGAGUUUAAUAUUUUUAAUUACUUAUUUUAAUUUGUGUGCUUAAUUACUGUGUUCAAAUGUUGUGCAUGUGGUACUUUAUGCCUUUUUUUGUUUGCUGCGAUGGCACUUUGAGAAGCCCUGGUCAAGUCCUGGUAUUCUGUCCCCUUAAGGUCCAGAUUAUGAUUUAGUAAUGUGAAAUUGCAAGAAAUGAAAUAACUAUGUGAUCAGCAAAAACUAUCCCACAGGGUGUAACCCAACAAAUUAAAACAUUUUACGCUGAAGGGCAA